GCCACCGUAUCACGUGACCUGAUGCAUGGAGGCGCACAUGUAGCGCGAGCUGACCUCGUCUAACAUGGAUCCGUGUUCUGUUGUGCGCGAGCCACUUUGACAGAUCGAGACAUACAUGCUUAAAUUCGAUGUGGAUGUCUGCACGGUCACUGUGGCGUGGGGCAGCUACGCUGCGUGUAUUCGCCCAUUCACCAUGUGGGCCAGUGCACAGAGCUCAACACCUCGCCUCAGACAGGAAACAUGGAAAUGUCCAGAAGGAGGAAAAGAGCCAAGAGCCACAGAGUACAGAAACUGUCCAGGGCUGCUCGCUGGUGUACAAUCCCUCUGCUUACUACCAAUCCAGAGCAGAGCGCUCUGCCGUCCAGAGAGGUUCAGAGAGACAAGAAACAUCGCAGGCGGUCCCAAGUGCUGGGUUCAGACAGCAAAGUAGUCACUAUAUGAUUGGUCCGUCGCGCAAAUUAUCCAUCUCAAAAAACGACCAGCUCGGUUUUGCUUUUAAUCGAGAUGUCGCUGAGAAAGGGAAUAAAUUUUAUUCACCUAAAGAUGAUGGAUCCACGUAUUUAAAAAGGGACACACGUGCCUUUCAGAGAUGUAGGCCUGAGUACAGCAUGAUGACCUACGACGUGUCUCAGCGUCCACCUGCUAUUCAGAACAAAGACGGCUUGUUACUGCUUCAUAAAGCUGCCUUGAUGAAAAACAUUGAUGCCUCAAAUGUAGCUCAUUUUAUCUGCGAACUUGGCCGCUUGGAACCCGAACAGACUGUGAUAAUCAGAGGCAACACGCGGUUCUCCACGCUGCUGCGCUACAGUGUGGAGAACCUGGAAAACUUCACGCAUCUGCAGCUGAUUGAGGUUUUAUGUGCCUUUGUGCGACUGGGACUGUCUCACCACCACAACAUACUGGAAUUGUACGAAGCUGAAUUCAGCCGCCGGACCAGUGAGAUGGAGCUACACCAGCUUCUACUCGUAGCUGACCUGUGGCGGUGCCUCGGACGCUCAGUCCCGCAGUACAUAGAGAAAUUGUGCGACUGCAUGAGCAAGCAUUUUAACCAGAUGGGUCCACCGGAGCUGGUCCAGUUUGUGUAUAUACUAGGUGAAAGCAGACAGUGUCCUGCAUUUGUCCUUCAGUGUAUAGAAGGUAUUAUAAUGCGGCAUCUAGAAGAUCUGAAGGGUGAAGAAGUGGGUGCUGUUUGCUUGGGUCUGUUUAAAACUCAGAAUUCACUCUCAGAGAGAGCAUUGCGCAGGCUUGUGGACCGAGCCUGUGUUGUAGUUAAGGAAAUUAGUGACUUUGGCAUUGUGAAUGUGAUGAAAUUAAUGAGAUUCAGCCACCUGGACCACCUCCCUUGGUUGGAGAUACUCAGCUCUGAAGUGCCCCGCCGUGCUCCACAGAUGGCCAUCCAGGGCUUAAUGCACAUCGCUUUGACCUGCUCUUCACUGCACUACCGUGAUGACCGUGUCCUCCUGGCUGUAGCAAAACACCUACCCCAAGUACCAUCUCAAUACAGGAGCAAAGAUGCUGCUAAGCUUCUGUGGGCGUUUGGCAACCUGGGUAUCCUUCCCAGCCAGUGCCCCAGCUUUCACCCUCGACUCACAGAAGCCCUGCGUGACAGAGAGUCCGAAUUCCGCAGCUACCCUGAACACCUCCUGACAGCCCUGCUUGGCUUGGCGUUUGUAGGUCAGUUCCCUCAUGAUUUGCUGAGUUUGGCUUUAAGCCCCGAAUUCACAACCCAUGUCACAGGAUUGAUAGAUAUGAAAAAGGAUCUCUUCACUCUCGAUGGAACGGUGGCGAUUGAGCUACCUGGCUGGACCGGGCCACGGAUGAAUCCCUCUGUCCAGGUGGAGGUCACUAAACAGCUAUGGGAUUUUGCCCAGUCUGAACUGUGUCGGAAACCAGAGGUUCUUGAGGCAGAGUCUGUUCUCCAGGAACUGCUGGGAGGAAAGUUAUACGUACACAAGCGAAUGAUCCUACCACAUAUGCGCUCAAUUGACCUUGAAGUUCACUUGGAUCCCAGUGGAAAUCCUUUGCCUGUUGCAGCUGAGAACUAUCACAGCCAAUAUAAUACAGAUAAGGAAUCCUUUUGGCUUCUGAAUUGGAAAGAAAUGCACACAGGAGUAACCCUGACCGAUGAUCUGUUGAUACAGCUGACUAGUGGCAAGAAACCAGCCAUAUCAACGUCUAUGUCCCGUCAGCAACCAAUUCUGCAUCCUGUGGAGGCAUCUACCAAAAGAGAAAGUAUUCUGAGUGUGGGAGUUGACCUGACUGAUGGCCUCCUGCAUGCUAUUACCAAGCCACAGGAGCAUCCUUCCAUUCCCGGCCAUGCUACCUCAGUGCCAGCUGUUACUCGGCUUGCGGUUCAAGUGACCAGUAGAAACCAUUAUUGUUACAGGACACAACGGUUAACAGGGCUGUAUGCGAUGAAGAGGAGGCAGUUAGCUUUGGCAGGGUAUACAGUAGUGGAGGUGGCACAUUGGGAAUGGUUCCCGCUUCUUCGACGCUCCCUUGCUGAGAGACUUGCUUACAUGCACUGCAAAAUUUUUAGUAGUUUUGACUCCAGAAAAAGGAAAUGAUUUCUAAUAAGUUGUAAUUUUUUAAUUGUAAUAUAUAAAAACUGAAAAUAAAAUGUAAAAAGCAGGAUUCAAUGCGUUUUGAGAAUGAAAAUGUACAUCAUUGUUAGAUAGCUUUCCUUUCAAAUAUUAUUAUUAUUAUUAGUAGUAGUAGUAGUAAUUUACCUCAGGAUGUCUUACCUAAGCUAGUUUGCUGGAAAAUUAUAACUAGCUAGUUAGCAAUCCCAGUUUGCUAGCUAAUAAUGGUGUAAACACUGCUAAAACUGAAAACAUAAAACAGAAAUAAUAUUAUAAACAAUUUUUAUUUUAACAAUCUUUUUUCCUCAGUUUUGGGCUUUGGGUGUUGUUGUUUUUUUAUUUGUUUGUGACUCCUCAAAAGGUUAACUUUACAUUUUGACAUCUCCCCCCAAAAUUAGCUUCAAUUAUGAACAAGGAAAAAGCAGCCACAUAAAUGCUAUGAACGUAGUCUUUGGGUGACCAGAAGCCGUUUAAAGAAUUGUAUUUGGCGCCAUCAGUUGGUCAGAAGAAAUAAGGGAAUAAUAUCUUUCUCAGGGGGAGAAUUUUUUCAUGACCCUACACUUUUUGGCACCUCUUCAUUAAGAAAGAGGAGGCGAAUACUACAGUACUGAGUGCCUCUUGUACGACGCUA